AGGCCCGACAUCUUUGUCGUAUUUCUACAGUUGUAGUCCGAAGUCCAUUACAUGGCGCAGUAGCCAUGUAAUCUUAUUUUUUAGUUGAGACAUCAUUGCCUCUGCUGUCUAACGUGUGUGCUAGAUUUCUGUACUCCACGAUUCUUUCAUUCGGUUGUAUUUUCUCGUUAAGUUUUGUUGUUUUUUGUUACGUUUUAUUAAGUUUCUGUUAUUUUUAAACUUUGUUGACUAUUUCGUUGUUGCAAUGGCGACAUACUCUAACGAAGAAUAUGCGGAUAUCAUAAUGAUUUAUGGUGAGGCCCGUGGUGUCGCUCGUGCAGCGCAACGGCUUUACCACGAACGCUUUCCUGGUCGACGAUUGCCUGGCCGCAGAGUUUUCCCAGACACAUACCGGCGAUUACGCGAGACUGGGAGUGUCACUCUCCGUGAACCAAGGGGACAUGUUGUGCGACAUAAUGUUGAAGUGGACGAAAGAAUACUGGCAUUAUUUGAAGAAGAGGACACAAGAAGCAUUAGAGAUGUGGCGGCACAACUUAAUAUUUCAAUAUGGAAAGUGUGGAAGGUCCUUCGACAAAACGAAAAAUAUCCAUUCCACGUGACUCCUGUUCAAGGUCUUGAGGGUGGUGACUUUGACAGACGAGUUCACUUUUGUCGGUUUUUGUUACACACAGAUGUGGAAAAUCCUGAUUUUUUAAAAAGAAUACUGUGGACGGACGAAUCUAAAUUUACCAGAGAAGGGAUUUUUAACUUACACAACUUGCACCACUGGGCACCGAAACAGGAAAACCCACAUGCCAAAAGACAAAACUCUUUUCAAUAUCGAUUCAGUGUGAACGUUUGGGCAGGAGUGAUUGGGAAUCAGAGUUCCUGCAAAAUGAUCUGCCGGAAUUAUUGGCCGAGGUGCCCGUGUUUAAUGAAGAUGUGCCAUAUUGCAUGGCCGCCACGUUCCCCAGGCUUAACUACAAUAGAUUUUUAUGUCUGGGGACGUGCCAAAGAGCUGGUAUAUGCCAUAGAAGUUCCAACGAGGGAGGUACUGAUACAACGCAUAGAAGCAGCCUUUAAUACAAUCAAAAACGAAAUACGACUUCGGACUACAACUGUAGAAAUACGACAAAGAUGUCGGGCCUGCAUUCGAAACAGAGGUGAACAAUUUGAGCAGGAUUUGUAAAUGAUGAAAUAAAUGUU